CGCGCGCCUCCUCUCGUACUCGGGGCUCUCAGCGCGCUUCCCGGGGCGAUUUUUUCCUCUAGUCUGGAAAACCGCCCUUAUGGCUGAGGUGAAGGUGAAGGUGCAACCGCCGGACGCGGAUCCGGUGGAAAUAGAAAACAGAAUUAUAGAAUUGUGCCACCAAUUCCCUCAUGGAAUCACAGAUCAAGUAAUUCAAAAUGAAAUGCCUCACAUAGAGGCCCAACAGCGGGCAGUGGCCAUCAACAGACUGUUGUCUAUGGGUCAGUUGGAUCUUUUAAGGAGUAAUACAGGCCUUUUAUAUAGAAUAAAGGAUUCUCAGAAUGCUGGUAAAAUGAAGGGGUCCGAUAACCAAGAAAAACUAGUCUACCAAAUCAUAGAGGAUGCAGGGAAUAAAGGAAUAUGGAGCAGAGAUAUUCGAUAUAAAAGUAAUUUGCCAUUAACGGAAAUCAACAAAAUUCUCAAGAAUCUGGAAAGUAAAAAACUUAUCAAAGCUGUGAAGUCUGUAGCAGCCUCCAAAAAGAAGGUUUAUAUGCUCUAUAACCUACAGCCAGAUCGAUCUGUGACUGGCGGAGCAUGGUACAGUGACCAGGAUUUUGAAUCUGAAUUUGUUGAGGUGCUUAACCAGCAGUGUUUCAAAUUCCUACAAACCAAGGCGGAAACCGCAAGAGAAAGUAAACAGAAUCCAAUGAUUCAGAGAAACAGCUCGUUUGCUUCAUCCCAUGAAGUGUGGAAGUAUAUCUGUGAAUUGGGCAUCAGUAAGGUGGAGUUGUCCAUGGAGGACAUCGAGACCAUCCUGAACACACUCAUUUAUGAUGGGAAAGUGGAGAUGACUAUCAUUGCUGCAAAGGAAGGCACUGUUGGCAGUGUAGACGGACAAAUGAAACUGUACAGGGCAGUCAACCCAAUCCUCCCACCUACAGGCUUAGUCCGGGCACCCUGUGGACUCUGCCCCGUAAGUAAAGGCUGCUUCACUCUGUACUUUCAUCACCACCAUAUGCAAAUGCCACAUAAAGAAACAACAGGCCUCCAAAACCACAGAGAAACCCUGUCUCAAAAAACCACAAAAAAAAAAAAAAAAAAGAAACAACAGGCACACCAGCUUUCCCACCAGCAAGUGUCACGUGAGCCAUUCACACUGCCACAGACUCUUGAUGGACACAUUGUUAAUGGACAGGUCUUAUAUUAUUUCUUGGAACAUUGAGGGUAGGGACAUGCCCUUCUGUUCUUGACCCUGAAAUGGAUACAUUGGGACUAACCAUUUCUCCUUUGUAGGGAGGGAAAUAAUGAAGGUUGUUGAGAAGCUACCAUGAGCGAAACUUAUUCUAAUCCUCCUGUGUCCUUGGAGCUAGUGGCAUCAUUUCCCCUAAAGAGAGGGAACUUAGGGCUAAGUAUAGCUCAGUGGCAGGGCCUAUGCUCAGUGUACACAGGGCCUCUCACCAGGUUUCCCCUGGUGUCCUCCCCUCGGAGAAAAAAGAAACUCAGACUUAAGCAGAAAAUGUUACUUCAAAUAAUGUGCCUUAGCAGUCAUUCCUAGCUGGUUUACCAACACUGGGAUGGACAUUCUGAGGCUAAAGAGAGCAAAAACACUCCUGGUCCCGUGGCAUUUUGGGAUAUUCUUGGGCUGCUACUCUGCCAUAUUCAUUAUGCUAACCCUUGACCUUACCCAUAAGAUCAUUGUGACCCAGUUUCAACUCCUAGACAAAAGCCAACAUCCUGGAAAUUCUACUUAGCACCCUUCAAAGAUAGUUAAACAUGAAAUAACCUUCAAUUUAGUAGAAAUUAAGUUGUCCCUAAGUAUAGGACUCAUUUCCUUUUACCCAGGGCAGGUGAGUGAGGUCACCUGUACACUGUGUUAAUAGGGCCUCCAUGCCAGACAGGAUAGUGUACACCUUUAAUCCCAGCAGUUGGGAGGCAGAGGUACGCAGAGCUCUGAGUUGCAGGCCUGCCUGUUCUACAUAGUGAGUUGCAGGACCCUGUCUCAGAAAAACGAACAAACAAAUAAAGCAAACUAAAAAUGAAAGGCUCAUAGUUAACAGUGAUUACAAAGCAGGCACUUUACAGUGUGCUCUUAAAGUCCCAAUACCUUUCAAAGAGUGUUUCCUUUUCCUUCUGUUAAUACUGCUUUAAAUCAAUGAGGCUUUGGUAUUUUAAAACUUCAAUUUGAAUAUGAACUUUU